GUCACUUCCUUCUUUUACAAAGGGCAGCAGGAUAAAGGAUACGAUGUACAAUUACUGAAAAUAGGAAAAGAAAGUGAGAGAAAGCACAGCCAAUGGACCUGCACCAUUUGACUGAUGCCUUAACGAAUCAGUGGGGUUUUCCAAAGAAGCUACAGCAGCUCACUGACGGUACCGACUGCCAAACGAGACAUGACAUGUAGCCAUGAACUGUAAAAGGACGUAAGAACAGCCUGUGGCAGAUUUUAACCAACGCUGUCACUGUCAGACAUGCAUGGCUUUCUCCUCGGGGCCGUCAUCGUCUGUGUUCUUCCUCAUGGUUUUACCACUGAAGACUGCAUCAAGGCUGUUUUGGCAAAACGAGACACUGUUUUUGUGCCAGAAGGUGGCAGUCUGUCACUGUCCUGUGACAUUCAGAACUGUGGAGAGGCUUGGACGGGGAACUGGGUGCAGACAUAUUCGGGCAAAUCAGACCAAACAUUAAUUGAUAACUCAGAUCGACACCGUGUGACCAAUGUGACGCUUUCAGCAAAUACCACACGCCUGCUGUUGGACUUCCUGAGCGUCAACAAAUCCGAUGAAGGUUUCUACAGAUGCUCGGUGCAAUGGGAUCAAGGCGGGACGGGCCAGGGACAUUUCGUAUACGUGAACGUCACUGCAGCUGUAACUAAGCGGAUGUUUUGGCACAGGGCUUUGGUCUGGAGCGGCGCUUGCGUUUGUUCUUUUAUCAUUCUAAUAUUGGCUCGCUGCCUGAGGUCAGAGGUCAGGCCUCAGCCGCUUCCCAGGCCACGGAUCAUAUAUCACAGAGACCAACCACACGCACCUGCGAAUCCUCAACCUCCAGUACCAAAGAAACGCACAAAACUCUCUUACAAAGCUCCAGCCCGUUCUGAGCAGAGGACUGAGGUGGUGUAUGCAGACAUCUCCCAAGAUGCAUUGAGGCAGCAACAGGAAGCCGUCAGAGAGCCGGCCUCCUCCACCGUGUACUCAUCUGUCAAAUUUUCCUGACUAGAGGCAAAACACAUGCGCUGAGGAUCAGUGUUGCUCUUCACUUGCAGGACUGCAUACAUUUUGAAGACUAGUUCACUAUUGCAUCUCAGUUUAGGUCAAGAUUUUGUAUUUGUGCAUCAUGGAACAAUCACUGAAGCGGAGGAUAUAACACAAUCCACCAAAUCUCGUCUUUUCCUCUAUUUGUAUAAACUGAUGCGAAGCAACCAAAAGGUCCCAGAGUGUAACCUACAAGCAGAGCUGAUAAUGAGAAAAUGCUGGAGCAUGGAUCCUCCCUGAGGUGCUGAAGGGCAAACCACUGAGCUUUGAGCUCCAGUGUCACCAAUGUUUAGGCUUUUACUAUUUUAAGAAAUAUGUGCAAACGAUAUUGUUGUGUUUCUUGUGUUAUUAUCAAUUAAAGUCCAGACUAUUUAUUACUUCUAAGAUCAGGCUUAAAACCUUCCUUUUUGAUAAAGCUUAUAGGUAGAAAUGCUUCAGGUCACUGACAAUGAUUUCUAGUCAAAGCAUCUCUUAGAUAAGCUGCAAUAGACAGACUGCUGGAGGACUUAAUUUAAACACCAAGCUCCUAUGUUUUUCUUCUACCCAAUAACCUCCCAUCAUUAUAAUAUGCUUUACUAACCUUGUCGAUUCCACUCCAGUGCUGUAGCUGUGCUGUUCCUUCAUUCUGUCCUCACCUACAGGUGUCAUCAGACUCAGAGUCUUGUAAUAAUUACAAUUAAAGGCUGCUGUAUGUGGAAUUGGUGGGUUUAGUUGUGUAAGGUCUUACCUUGUAAAGUGCUUUAUGAUAACUAUAUUGUAAAUUGGUGGUUAUACAAAUAAAAUCGAAUUGAAUUUUGAA